AUUUUUUCCUAGUUUUAGAACAAAACACGGACACCACUCUUCAAAAACACAACAUAUUCUCUCUCUUCAAACAAACCCUAGCACAGCGCAGCCAGAGAGAGAAGGAGUGAAGAUCUGAAACAUCGCCGCUCCACCACCGUCGUCUCACACCCAGCCGCCAUCUUCAUAGAGCUCAAGCUCUUACGGUGAUUGACUUGAUCCCAUGAAGAACGUUAGAAACACGAAGAAGAGAUUGGAGAGGCCAGUUGAGUUGGAUAAAAUCAACCCCGAGACUAGGGUUCAAGAUGUCGCUUGGGUUUGCUCCCUUUCAGAAUCUGAGAUGGACUUUCUGAUUAGCUUGAAAUUGUUGAUCACACAGCGAGCAGAAAGGAUAGGAUGUAAAAACUUGGCUGAUAGAUUUGACCUUAAGACAAUUCGAGCUAUUGCAUUUGUUUUGAUGGAAAAUCUCAAAGCUGAGUUGAAAGACACAUCAACUAUACCAGAUACGAUGGAGUCUACGACUUUCUUAGAUGCGUGCAACAUACUUAACUGUAAUAAUGAGGUUUCCGCAACUAUUGAAGAGCUAAGCACAACUGUUGGUGCAGAUAUACAACCAAUUCUAAGAAGUUCACCAACUUCCAAAAGAAAGAAGCAGAAAGUUAGAAGCAUAGAAUAAAUGAUUUUGCUCUUCAUGGAGGACCUCUAAAUCCUCCUUAUUGAAGUGUCUUCAAUUUUGCCGGGAAAACAUUGAUUUUGGGUGUACUUAUUGGCUAAUACACAUGCAGUAAUUUUUUUAUAAUUUGCUUAGCGUUAAAGAUUUCAUGCAUGAUUGUACACAAAUGUGAGAACAAAUUUAGUGGAAAAAGAUGAAAUUUUGCAAUGUUUCAAUAGGAGUUUUUUUUUUUUUUGUAAGAAUGUAUAGAUAAUGUUUUGUUUUAAUGACAAUUUAUUUUGCUACUUGCAUUGCAUGACAGAAAUAGUUUGAGUAUAAAUAUGUUGAUCGAAUUUAGAAAGAUGUUGCUUACAAGAAUUAACAAGAAUUAACCCACCUGUACCAACCCUGCCCGACACACCGAGACAACUCCCAUCAACAUUAAGAACGAAACAAUUUUCUUUAGAUGGGUGCCAAGAUGAUGUAGGAGGAUUUCUUCUGUAUAUUAUUAUUU